CCCAACCAAUGGUUGUCGUAAACUAUUGCUAUCGAGCGAAAUUUUGUUAUGAAAAUAGUAACAAAGUACGUGAAUUCGAUUCGAAAUGGAGUGAAUUUAAACAUUUCAAAAACUUUAUAUAUAAAACAGAUGUAAAUAAAUCUGUUAUUUUUAACAUACGCCAUUGAAAUAAAUUAAGAAAAUGACGGAUCGGUCCAUCGCGUCAAGGCCCAGUCUUGAGCAAGUAAUAGCAAUAGUGGACUUCAUGGAGAAACAUCCUGCUUUAGGGUUGGGCCAAAUGAGAGGGCUUGAGAAGAGAGAUGAAUGCAAAAAGCUUUGGUUCAAAUUAACAAAGAUUGUUAACAGCCUUGGUGGACCUAAUAGACCAAUGAAAUCUUGGGUUAAAUAUUGGGCAGAUAAGAAAUCAACAAUACGGUCUAAGGUUCAAUCCAGUAAUGGCGACCCUAACACCUUAAGUUCUAAUAUAGAAAAGAAAAUAUGGGAUCUGUUCUUGGCUAAUGAUUCAUCAAAAGAUCGAAGUUCUGUAAAACAAGAGUCUCACUACAUGGAUGAGGCAUUCUACAAUGAAGACAGUGGGGAGCAUCAAAUAGAAAGUGAACCUGUGUUGACCUUCGAGGAACCCAUGGUGGAUUUAGAAGAACGACAAAUGCUUGUCAUGGAGAAACUGGUUAAAAUAAUGGGAGACCAAGCGAACGCGUUAUCCCAGUUGGCGCACGCGUCGCACGUCAAUGCACAAGCUAUGGAGAGAUUGGCUGAAGCAUCACAAAUACAGGCACGAGCUGUAGAGAGACUGGCGACGUGUUUCGAAGCUAUCGGCGCGUCCACACACGACGUGAGGAACGCGAUGGUUGACAUUGACUCCACCAUUAAGAGGUUUUAUAGCACAUCGCCCGCGUAGCAUAGAUUUAUGUAGGCGAUGUGUUGCCAUGUGAUAGGCAACACAUCGCCUUGGGGCUACCACUACAAAAAAAUACCAUUUUGGUAUUAAUUAAAUCGAAUAAAAAUACAUAUUAAAUAA